UUUGCAUCCGCCAUUGUUUUCUCCGAAAAAGAUCCUCCAUUUCGCAGCUGUCUACGUCGUUCUCGCUUGUCGUCUUCUCUUCCGGACUGCCAAAUUCCAAUUGAAAACUCUUCAACUGAUGAGUGAUGAGCUAGCUACUGAGCUGCAUUUGAUUCUUCUUCGAAAUCCUCUCUUCCUUGUCAACGGCGUAAGUUCUUGAAAUCCCACACCCCCCCGGUCUUCCCUUCACUGAAUUUCUUCUGCUUUCUGAAUCUGUAUGCUCGGCCUGAGCUCAAAUCAUGUCCGGACGCGGAGUUUGUAGAGUUCCAUAAGCUCGUUUCGCGUGGAUGGCUCUUGGGUUUUUAUCCAUGUCUGAUAAAGUUGGCUUCUUGUUUAGCGGCAACUCUUUUCUGGGUAGCUUAUGUGAUGUAAAAAGACCUGCUUGAUGCUGGUAGAUUGAUUUUGCUCAGUCGGGUUUUGGAAAAAUCCGAUUUUUCUUCAAUUUGUCUUGCGGGGCUUUGACUGUGUCCAAUGCUAUAGUCAGUUUGGUUGCUUGCGUGUGAUUACAAUCCAUCUGGGGAAUUUCUAAGGCAUAAGCGUGUUGUUCUCUUCCCUCCUUUUUUCACCAAUCCAUCUGACAGAAAAAAUUAGUCUUCUCUUCUCUUUCUCUCUCUCACAUGUUAUUUUUCUGCUGUUAAAUAUCAGAGUUUAGUGAUUCUCUGUUCAAUCUCAUCAGUUUGAUGGGUAAUAUUUGCUGUUCAAAUUGUUCAAAUCACUGUGGCAAUCAAACAGAGGUUUAGCCUAGCAAGCCACUGAUUAUGCUGGCAAUGUCUGGACACAUCGGUUGGGUCCAGUCAAAAUAACCUUACUGGGAUUUGGGAAGAACUUCAUUUCUUGUUUGCUGACUUUGAGCUGUAUAUAUCUUUUUCCCUAAAAGUGAAACGGUGAGAUGAAAAUCCAGUGGGAGGAAUAUGUAAAUACAUUUUUGGUUGUCAGAUAAUGUGUGCAAAGCUAUGUUGAGAUUUGAGUUUCUUCACCAGUGCUUGCUGAAAACUUUUAACUCUAUUUAGAGAAAUUACAGAGCAAAGUGGUUGCUUCAUGAUGGACGCAAGUAUCAAGGAAGGAAAGUACGCUGCUGAUAUUUCCUCCAUAAGAGAAGCAAACGCACGCAUCAGCUCGUUCAUACACAAGACUCCUGUUAUCACUUCAGAAUCUCUUAAUGCAAUGUGCAACAGAAGUUUAUACUUCAAGUGCGAAUGCUUUCAGAAGGGCGGGGCAUUUAAGUUUAGAGGUGCUUGCAAUGCCAUAUAUUCCCUUGAUGAUGCUCAGGCAGCGAAAGGGGUUGUUACACACAGCAGCGGAAACCAUGCUGCAGCAUUAUCCUUAGCUGCAAAAUCACGAGGGAUCCUGGCAUAUGUAGUGAUACCAAAAAAUGCACCGAAAUGCAAAGUUGAUAAUGUCAUUCGCUAUGAUGGUCAAGUUAUCUGGAGUGAGGCCACGAUGAAGUCGAGGGAGGACACUGCUUCAAAGGUGUCGCGAGAAACUGGAGCAGUUCUGAUUCAUCCAUACAAUGACAAACGGAUAAUAAGUGGACAGGGAACAAUAUCUGUGGAGCUACUGGAGCAGGCCCCACAAAUAGACACUAUCAUUGUUCCAAUUAGUGGAGGUGGUUUGAUUUCGGGAGUGGCAUUGGCCGCCAAAUCAAUGAACCCAAGAAUUCGAGUUUUGGCUGCAGAACCUAGAGGGGCGAAUGAUGCAGCACAAUCUAAAGCAGCUGGAAGGAUUAUAACUUUGCCCGAGACCAACACCAUCGCUGAUGGGCUUCGAGCUUCUCUAGGAGAAUUUACAUGGCCUGUAGUACGUGAUCUAGUCGAUGAUGUCAUAGUUGUGGACGAUACGGACAUCGUGGAAGCGAUGAGACUUUGCUAUGAAAUUCUGAAAGUGGCGGUGGAGCCAAGUGGAGCCAUUGGUCUUGCGGCUGUUCGAUCAGAAAGCUUUAUGAGUAAUCCUGCUUGGAAGGAUUGUAACCAUAUAGGGAUCAUCCUUUCGGGAGGUAAUGUUGAUUUGGGUGUGCUUUGGGACUCGUACAGAAAAUGAAGGGAAUGGUAAACUAGUAAUAUGUGCUCUUAAGGAAUCUACCUCUAUCAGUCAACAAAGACUUUCCUCUUGAUUACUCAGUUACAUCAAUGCAGAAAUAUUGUUCUGUUCUGAUACACGACCAGGGAUUGUAAUUUCCAGUUCUUUGCAUAUGGGAGAAACUGUUCUAUUUCAUUUAUCAUCUGUAAAUUUGUGAAAUUUGUAACAGCAUCAAUGCAACACUUUCUUUCAAUUACCGGUGUAGUUUGUGAUG